AUGGUUCCACAUAGCCGGACCUCAAAGGCAAAGAAAGGCAAGAACGGAAGAAGUCUAUAUGCGUGUAUGCAAUCAGUUGCUGGGAGAGAAGAGUCCAACUCCAAUGAGAGCAGGAAUCGAAGCCAAAGUGUCGGAACCCAAAACGGAGAACCGGCUCCCGUUAGGGAACCACGGUCAGGAUGGAUGGGCAUCCUCGACGACGCGGCGUCGGUCCUCUCGGCGCGGACCUCGCACUCCAAGCGGUCCAAGUCGCACCGCAGCAGCCGCCACUCGCACCACCAUCACCGCAGCAAGUCGCGCUCGCGCUCGCGCUCCCGCCCGCGGCACCGGUCGUCCCGCUCGGCGGUAGGCGCGGGCGGCGACGGCGGGGUGGCCGACACCCUAAGAGGCGUCGCCGCCUCCAUCUUCGGCACCGGCGAAGACGACGAGGACUUGCGCUACGGCAACGACCAUCACCGCCGCCGACGCAGCCGCCACGACCACGACAACGACGACGGCGACGACGACGGCGCCCGUUCCUUCUUCAGCCUCCCCAACGUUUCCAAAAGCACGUUCUUCAGCAACUUUGGCCGCCCGCAUACCUCGUCGUCCUCGUACUACAAACGGUCCCCCCGCCCGGGCUUCACGGCCCGCCUGGUGCGCAAGCUCCGGCGUCUGCUCCGCGACCUGCUCUACUACGCCAAGCGGCACCCGGUCAAGGUCUUCAUGCUGGUGCUGAUGCCGCUCAUCACGGGCGGCGCGCUGACGGCGCUGCUGGCCCGCUUCGGCCUGCGCCUGCCCCCCUUUCUCGAGCGCAUGCUCGGCGUCGCCGCCCGGGCCGCCGGCGCCGGCGCCGCGGGCGACUCGCUCGGCCUGGUCGGCGAGGCCGUCCGCAUGGUCAGCCGCGCCGGCGGCUCCUCCGGGCCCCGGGGCGUGGCCAAGGCUAGCGUCGAGAGGGGCCGUGGUGGUGGUAGUGGUGGUGGCGACGGGUGGAGGGAUGGGCUCAAGGGGAUUGCCAAAGUGUUUGACUGACUGACGAAAACGGAAUGAUGAUGAUCGGUGAUGACGAUGACGAUGAUGACGAUGAUGACGAGAGAUGACUAGUGAUGAUGGAAACUGGAUACGUCUUAGGUAGGGUAGUGGGUGGAACAUAGUUGCUAUAAAGGGCGUUGGGUAUG